AAAUUUUCGCCUCAUUCUGAAAGUGUCGGUUCGGUCGAGUGGACGGACGGUGGUUUGCGCUUUUCAUCCACUGCUCUGGAUGUUCGAUUUUCCCAUGUAACCAUCAACGCUUCCUGACAAUAGUUUGAUGUGUCCAGCCAGUGUAGUGUAGAUUUGUGUUUUCUGAAAAACAGUUGUGCGUUUUUCGGUAAAGGUCGCGACUGAAAUAGAAAUGCGUGGGUGGAAAUGAAAAUUUUCAUUUAUAUUCAGUUCCUGACAAAAAGCGUGACAAUGUAGGAACGUUUCGAAUUAGUGAAUUACUUUGUUUAGAAGGUAGCCACCAAAGAAAAGGGUUUGAUAAUUAGAAUGAUAUCGAUUUACUAAAUCGAUAAUACUGCUCUAUUGUUGUGUAGCAUAGAGUAACACAUCACUGUGCAUAUUUGCUUGCGUGCGGUUGAAAAUUUGUGUUUUCUGUGUGAAAGAAAGAAAAUGUCUUGAUGCGCUGGCGUGAAAAUUAUCUUGCGGUCAAUCUAUCCAUCGAAAUACGCAGUGGGUGAAAACAUUAACGAAUUUGAUCUCACCGAAGGUGCCGUAUAGUUAUCUAGCAUUGGUUUAUCUGAUAAGCAUUGAUAAAUAUUUAACCAGUCGAAAGUACAUGUAUACCCAAAGAUCACAGUCAAAUCGCGAAACAUUAUCGACGAAAGCAAAACUGUAAAUAUUCUACGAAAAUCGGAAUCAGACUAAAAAUAGCCUUUCCGAACUGACUCAAUUCGUUUAAUUUUUAAUUAUUUACCAGGUGCCGCAAAUUUGCAUGCACGUGAUCUGGUUUAGACUUUGGUAAAAUUUUUAUGCAGCAUUACGCAAAUAAGGUUGCAAAUGAAGCGAAUGAGGUUUGUGAUGUAUCAGCGCAAAUGCCGUACGGAGUGACGACAACUGGCUGAAGCUAGCGGAAAAGAGUAAAACAAAGCCAACGAUAUCACUGUAGUGAAGUGAAAAAAACGGUGUGUUUUACUGUGGUGCAAUACAAUUUACUGGAUUGGGUCGGUCGUCGUUCCGAUUCACCCUACCAUCAGACUAACCAACGGACUAGCGACGGCGAUUUUGAUUGGCAGGGAGAGUUGCACUACGGAAAGCGUCCAAUCACGUGUUCAGAAUAUUUCCCGGUGAAGCAGCUGUUGGAAUCUUAACAGGCAGAGGACUAAACCAUAAUAACCACACCGCUGGCCAUGGCUCUAAGUAAUUCGCAGAUCCAGAACAUCGACGAUGACGACGACGAUUUCCAAGAUGCGUGUGACAUGGAAGGAGCGGCACCGUCGUAUUCCAUGGAUUUGGAUUCAGCCCUGCUGGAAGCCAAACUGGCGGUCAAUUUGUUCUUCAACAACAAAUUUACCGAGGCGGAAGCUUUGAUGAAGCCAUGGGCCAAGUCUAGCAUGUACCACUCGGUGGGGCACAGCGUGUUCGCCUAUCUGGAAGCAAUGCUAACAUUCGAACAGCAGCACAUUUCGGCGGCUUCCGAUGCGCUGAAGCAGUGCCUCGGCGUGUGCAAUCGAUAUCGGAAGAAGAACACCCUCACCGAAACGAUUGGCAAGACGUUCAAGCGGAUAAACUACGAUCAGUACACGGACGUGGAGGCCCACGCCGAACUGUGCACCGCGGAAGCCAUGCUGCUGAAAGCGAUGCUCACCUUCAUCGAGGACGAAACGCUCACCAGCUUGAUAAAGGGUGGCAUGAAAAUCAGAAACUGUUUCGCAAUGUACAAAGAAUGCAACAAUAUACUAGUACAACGAAACUGGAAAUCGGAGAGCUCUAAGGUUCAUUUUGAAAGUGGAGUGCGAAUGGGACUGGGAACAUUCAAUCUGAUGAUCUCACUGCUACCCGGCAGGGUAAUAAAGCUGCUCGAGUUUAUAGGGUUUUCCGGAAAUAAGCAAGCGGGAAUGCAAGAUUUAGUGGCAGGUUCUCAAAGCCAGGGAAUCCGGCAAGUGCUUUGCGUCAUGACGCUCCUAGGAUACAAUCUUAUUGUUUGCUACGUGCUUAGCCACAAGGAGGGCGAUUUAAAACACUGUGAUGAAUUGCUGUCGAAGCAGCUGAAACUGUAUCCCGACGGUGUGUGGUUCCUGUUCUUCAAAGGUCGACUGGAGUUCAUGAAGGGUAAUUUGAACGAAGCACUCAUGUGGUACAAAAAGUCUUGGAAAUCGCAAAACGUCUGGCCGCAGUUUCAUCAUCUAUGUUUCUGGGAGUUGCUGUGGGUUAAUUGCUUACGGUUAGACUGGCGUGAGUCAUUGCUAUUCGCUACGUAUUUGGUCGAGAACAGCAAGUGGUCACGCACUAUUUACACAUAUCAAAAGGCAUCCAUCAUGUGCAUGCUGAAGAGAUCCGAUCUCACGUCGACUGAACUUCGAACCCUGGACGGGCUGAUGAGGGAAGUCCCGAAGUACAAGCAACGAAUCGCCGGCAAGUCGCUUCCGAUGGAGAAGUUCGCUUGCAAGAAGACUGAACGAUUUUUCGCACAGCAAUCAUUCCUGUACGUACCGGCGCUGGAAUUGAUGUACGUGUGGAACCUCUUUAAAAUACUCGGCAAACAUUUCCACCUAGCUGACGGGGUAUAUCGGAUAGUUGAGGAAAAUUUAAGCGAAUUAGACGAGCGGCAGCAGAAGCGAAUUCCAGGUCCGCUGACAGCGUACGAUGUGGACAACAGGGCACUGCUGUUAUUGCUAAAAGGUGCUUGUCUACGGCAGAUGGAUAGUCCCUUGCAGGCACUCAAGUGUCUGGAAGCCGUAGUGGGAAUGUACAAAGAUUUAAAGGAAGAUUUUUACUUGGUACCAUAUGCUAUUGUGGAAAUUGCUCUCAUUUACGUUGACCAAGGAAAUAAGGAGCGUGCUAUCCUUGAAUUGGAGGAUGCCAAGAAAAACUAUAGCGGCUAUUCCCUAGAAUCGCGACUUCAUUUUCGCAUUCAUACUGCGUUGAUUGAAUUGAAAGGCAAAAGUUACGAAAACAUUCCAGCCGGCAACGAUUGAAGCUCUCGACAAUGAAAGUCAUAGCAAAAUAAAUAAAUCUAGUCUAUGUUACGUUUC